AUGGCAGGCGGUCUGCCUCAACGACCGUCGCAGCCGAAUCCCCCGUCCGCAUCCUCCCCGAUCAAGCCGGAACUGGCACCACUUGCGCCUCGCAGCGUCGAGGAGCUCCAAACCGAGAUCACCGAAGCCGAACUUGUUCUUUCUGCGAGAUUGGAGACGCACAAUGCGGCAAGAGCAGCCAAGGGGUUGCCUCCACAGGAGGCAGAGCAGAUAGUCGAGCAGUACAUCAAGCUGCUCACCCAAUACAACCACGUCAAAGACGCCACCCAGCUCGUGUUUGAUAAGAUCGCCGAGCUUCAACAGCUGCCUUCGGGCGACAUCCAUGCACGCUACGGCGCCAGCGACGAGUUCACCACCUCCAACCCCGCAUAG